AUGACCGUGCAGCGCCCGUCGUGGCCGCCGCUGUACUUCCCGCACUUCCACGGCAGCGAGCCCGUGCCGCGGCCGGCCGGCGGGGCGUGGGCGCCGCUGGCCGCGCUGUGCUGGCCGUGGCAGCCGCUGCCGGCCGCGGCCGGGCCGCCCCGUUACGCCGCGCUGCCCGCGGCCGUGGUGCCGGAGCCGCCGCGCCUGUGCUGCCCGCCGGGAGCGCCGCGGGCCGGGGAGCUGGGGCGGCGGCCCCCGGGGCUGGCCCAGCUGCAGCUGCAGGAGGAGAUGUGCGAGCUGGGCAUCCGCCUUAAGGAGCUGGAGCUGGCGGCGCUCAUCGGCGACGGCUUCGACGCCAGGCAGUAUAAAAUUCUGAAGGCACUGGAAGAAAAGAAGAUACAAAGCAUGAAAGCAAUGCAGAACCUGAAGUAA